GGGAGAGCUAGUGACCUUGACCCAGAUCUAUCAGCCUGUCAGAUUUCUCCCUGGUUUAUCUCACGAGCACACAGCACGCGUCUCUCUGCCAGAACAAAUUGUGGGUCGCUGUCUGAUGACCUGGAUAGCGGGCAUCACGUGGUCAGUUCGUGAGCAGAUAAAUCUAGGCCAACUUCGGACAUCUGUGAUCGAUACACAAGGGCCAUAAAUCGUGAGGGACGACAGCAGACGCUAAAAGAUGGAUGAGACAGAGAUGGCACAAAAUUUUCACGGCAAUUUCGAAAUCCAGGAGUUUGAGAAGGGUCAAGGCGAAGGUCAAGUAAAGUCCUGCCUGGCCAACUGUAAGAAAAAUCCUGGCCACAAGAAAUUUAUUCCAGUCCCCAACUUCCGGUUACAUCACCUGCCUGAUGACGUCAGGGACGAUGACGUGUACCGUCUGAUCCUGGCGCUGGCUGACCUGACGGUCCGGAUCUACGUCACCACCCUCAGCCCCCACAGGCCGGAGUACGUCCCCGGCACCAGCCAGCCCUACCCCGGGCACGGCAGUCAGGGCAGUAGCAUGGGGUCGGGCAGGAUACGGAGUGUUAGCAAGAAAAUCUACACCGUAUGUCCGCUCUGCAAGACUUCCGGUUCCUGCUGCACUGGGUUCCGUGAGGUCAAGGUCUACACGGCGACACACGUGGUGUACGACAACACAGAGGUGGCCAACACGGUGUGUAGACUCGACUACAACACGGACACGGACACGGACACACCUGUCAACAUCGACGGCUGGAGGUUGGCCACAGACAAUGACCUUGACAUUGUCAAAACCGACCGCUGUGAGUUUUCCUGCGCGACGCACGACAUGCAGCUAGCAGACGACCUUCAGAGAAAACUGGAACUCUUCGACUUGCUGCGCCGCAGGGUCACGGAGAAGUUCCGGGAGUCACGUGACGGCCAGAGGCUGACGGUGAUCGUGUCCCACCCCCACGGCUCCAUCAAGCAGGUGUCUGUGGGCCGGUGGACCGGGUGCCAGACCGUGGCGGACAACGAGACCACGUACACGUACACCACAUGUACAUGCCCGGGCAGCAGCGGGGCACCGGUGUACAAGCUGGGCAGAUGGUGGUUCAGGUGGCACGCGCCCGUACACAGCGGCUUCAACGGGCAGCUCAACUACAGCGGGGCGGGAUAUGAGGACUAGACCCGGGG